AUGGGGAAACGUAUCCACUGUAGUGUAAUGUGUGUUGGCUGCACUCUUUUGGGAAUAGCCUCGGUAGCCACCAUAGUUAGCUUGUGGACCAUACAGCUACUAGAUCCUGAAGAUACGCCUGAAAAAUCAUGGGACAAAUAUCGUUUGCCAGACACUCUGCUACCGGACAGCUACAACGUCACUCUGUGGCCUCGGCUCCAACCAAACAAAGACGGUUUGUACGUCUUUACUGGGAAUUCUUCCAUGGUCUUCAAAUGUGUGAGAGAGACCAACGUGAUCCUCAUUCACUCCAACAAACUGAGCUUGACCAAAACGAAUGGUCAUCUAGCGAGGCUGUGUUCACUUGGCUGCAAUCCAGUGCCAACUAUAUGGAAAACAUGGUUACAAGAGACAACGCAGUAUCUAGUGAUUCAGCUGAAUGGCUAUUUACAAGUUGGAGAAUCCUAUCAGCUGCAAACUGAGUUUGAGGGAGAGCUUGCUGAUGAUCUAGCAGGUUUCUACAGGAGUGAAUAUGAUGAGAACGGUGAAAAAAAGAUUGUUGCCACCAGUCAAAUGCAUCCAACCCAUGCCAGGAAAACCUUCCCCUGUUUCGAUGAACCUGCGAUGAAAGCCGUAUUCCACAUCACUCUCCUUCAUCCACCAGGCACAGUGGCCCUGUCCAAUGGGAAAGAAACUGUUUCACAUUCAGAGACAAAAGAAAUUACUGUUGAUAGCACUGCUGUAAUUCAGACCAAGUUUGAGCCCACAAAGCCAAUGUCAACCUACCUGCUUGCUCUGGUGGUCAGUGACUACAGCAGUGUCUCAUCACAAGGGGAAACUUUGAUAAGAAUAUGGGCACGAAAGAAAGCGAUCAGUGAUGGACAUGGUGAUUAUGCCCUGAACCUGACUGGACCAAUUCUUACAUUUUUUGAGAACUAUUACAAUGUACCCUACCCACUUUCUAAGUCAGACCAGAUUGCUUUGCCUGAUUUUUACUUUGGUGCAAUGGAGAACUGGGGACUGGUUACCUACAGAGAAACUAAUCUUCUAUAUGAUCCCGUGAUCUCCUCAAAUGAGAACAAAGAGAGAACAGCCACGAUUGUCGCUCAUGAACUGGCUCACAUGUGGUUUGGUAACCUGGUGACUCUGAGAUGGUGGAAUGAAGUUUGGCUCAAUGAAGGAUUUGCAUCUUACGUUGAGUACCUGGGGGCUGAUUAUGCUGAGCCGGAAUGGAAUAUUAAAGACCUGAUAGUGCUGAAUGAUGUACACAGAGUGUUUGCAGUGGAUGCCCUGGCCUCCUCCCAUCCCCUGUCCUCUAAAGAGGAAGAAAUCAUGAGACCUGAGCAAAUCAGUGAACUGUUUGACGCCAUCUCCUACAGCAAGGGGGCAGCAGUGUUGAGAAUGCUCUCUGAUUUUCUCACUGAGACGGUCUUUGUCCAGGGACUAAGUACAUAUCUCAAUACAUUUGCAUACAAAAACACGGUGGGUACAGACCUGUGGUUUUACCUCCAGCGGGCAGUUCAAGCUAAUGGUAUAGUUCUGCCCCGAGGCGUGCAUGAAAUCAUGGACCGCUGGGUUCUGCAGAUGGGUUUCCCAGUCAUCACCAUUAACACAAGUACUGGGGAGCUCUCUCAGCAACACUUCCUCCUGGACCCGGAGUCCGUAGUGGAAAGACCAUCUGAAUUCAAAUAUGAGUGGAUUGUUCCUGUCAACUGGAUGAAGUCAGGAGUUGUGCAGCCACGCACAUGGCUUCUGAAGAAAAAUGCCACAAACAGAGAUAUGAAAACAUCUGUGGGACAGUGGUUGCUCGCGAACCUCAAUGUGACAGGAUAUUAUAGAGUUAACUAUGACCUUGACAACUGGAAUCGCCUUCUAGACCAAUUGAGUAAAGAUCACCAUGUCAUUCCUGUGAUCAACAGAGCCCAAAUUGUGGAUGAUGCUUUUAACCUUGCCAGGGCAAAAAUGAUUCCUGUCAGUUUAGCUCUGAAUACCAUAAAGUAUCUUUCUCAUGAAAGAGAGUACAUGCCUUGGGAAACAGCUCUUGACAAUCUGGAUUAUUUCUACCUCAUGUUUGAUCAAACUGCCACCUAUGACAUCAUGCAGAAGUAUCUCAAGAAACAAAUAACACCACUGUUUUCGUACUUCAGAAACUUAACGUCUGAUUGGAUGACCAUACCUGCAGGACACAUGGACCAAUAUAACCAGGUAAAUGCUAUCAGAGUGGCCUGUAGUACUGGGGUGGAGAGUUGCCAGAACCUCACCACAAACUGGUACCAGCAAUGGAUGGAUAACCCUGACCAUAACCCGAUUCACCCUAACCUAAGGUCCACGGUGUACUGCAGUGCUAUAGCUGCAGGGAAAGCUGAGGAGUGGGAAUUUGGCUGGCAAAUGUUCAAGAAAGCCAGCAUUGCUUCUGAGGCAGAUAAACUUAUGUCCUCCCUCGCUUGUACAAGAGACGAACUGCUUCUAAAUAGGUACCUCAGUUACACCUUGGAUUCAACAAAAGUACGGAAACAGGAUGCCACCUCGGUCAUUGUGUAUGUUGCCAGUAACGUAGUGGGCCAGAGCCUUGCCUGGGACUUUGUCAGGAAAAAUUGGAGAUAUAUGUUCACAGAAUAUGGAGUUGGAUCCUUCUCUUUUGCUAAAAUCAUUGGCGGAGUGACCCAGUCAUUCUCAACCCAACAUGAACUUGAGCAGCUCCUCCAGUUCAAGAAGGAAAACUCUGGGGUUGGAUUUGGCUCUGCUACUGCAGCACUGGAGCAAGCGAUCGAGAAGACACAGGCGAAUAUCAAAUGGGUGGCGGAGAAUGAGAGAGAGGUUGCAGACUGGUUUACCAAUGAGACUGCAUGACAAAGCUAUAGAGGAUGAAUUACUGCUAACAGUGACUGAUAUUAACGUCAUCUUCUCUGGUUAUGAAAUGCACAUGUAACCAAACUUGAAUAAUGGAUAUGUCCCUCUU